GAAAAAUACAGAGGCUCUCGGUUCCAGCACUCCCGGAACCUCCUCUUCCGUGACGUAGGCAUCCUCGUUGCUUCCAGCCGCCUCUGGGUCGGGGGUGGACAGCAGCAUCCUUGGCCUUCGGGUUAGAGGGAAUUAAUCUCUUGAAGUGUAGGUAGGGACUGCGGAGGGACAGCUGUUAACUAGUGCACAGGGACAGCAACGAUCCCUGGAUGCUUACGAGCGCUGGGUAUGUGCGAGGGGAUCGCGCGCCGUUCCCCUGCCUCCCCCGCCGAUCUCUGGGAUGGUUCGCGCCAUCCGCGCGCGAGGCUUGAAGAGCGGGCGGUGGCGCGCUUCCACCAGGCAGUUUCUUGUCUGUGCCUCCCUAUGGACUCCCUUCGCGCUGAGGCCGACGCCUUGGAAGCAGAGAUCAAGGCCUUGAGGCGGGCGUGCGUGGAGCUACCGGCGCCGGGUGAAGACACCUCCCCAGUCCGACAAUCAUUUCAAGAUAUAUACCAAUCAGAUUCUGAAGGAUGGGAGUCAUUGAAAGAUCUGAGAAGUCAUCUUGGACAUGUAGAAUCAGAACUUCAAUUUCUAAGUUUGCUUACUGGCAUCAGCAUAAGAAAUUAUUCCAAGAAGACGGAGGACCUAACAAGCACUGAAAUGACAGAAAAGAAUAUAAAGAAAGUUCUACAGAGACACAGAUUAUCAGGAAGUUGCCACAUGAUUACAUUUCAACUUGAAUUUCAGAUUCUGGAAAUCCAGAAUAAGGAGAGUUUAUCUUCUGUUAUUACUGACCUCAGCAUAAUAAUGGAGCCCACCGAAUAUUCAGAAUUAAGUGAAUUUGUAUCUAGAACAGAAGAAAGAAGAGAUCUAUUUAUGUUUUUCCGAAGCCUACACUUCUUUGUGGAGUGGUGUGAAUAUCGCAAGCGCACAUUUAAACAUUUCAAGGAAAAGUACCCAGAGACUGUGCACCUCACCAAGGGAGCCUCCUCCAGCUACAUGGGGAUCAGGAGCCACAGCCGACCAGAGUUUGAACUGGUAAUUGUUUGGAGGAUACAAAUAGAUGAAGAAGGGAAGGUUUUGCCGAGGCUGGAUCUUCUCACCAAGGCGCCGCUGUCAGCCCUGGAACUGGACAAGAACAGAGUCAUAGAAACUGCUCCUCUCAGCUUCCGAACCCUGCUGGGUGUGCUGGGCAUUGAAGCCACUCUAGAAAGCCUGAUAAAAUCGCUUUGCACAGAGGAACAAGUUCCCACACAGUGAACAACUACACAGGAGUAAAAUGCUGUACCUAGAGGUGUGUGAUUUUAUUGAGUAUAAACAUUUGCUCUUUUCCACUUGGAAACCUUACCUUUAGAACAUGUUUAUGCAGUUAUGGCACAUUAUAUAUAAGUUGUCAGGACAUGAAAAAUAAAUAGUUAUUUAAAUUUAAAAUA